AUGUCAUCUAAACAAGAAGAAGAAGCAUCAGCAUUAAAUAAAGAGACUAUUUCAGUAGAUAUGAGGGAUAAUCUGACAACACCUCACUCUAAUCCAUCAAACCCAUUUGCGUUUACACCAGAUCAAUUAUCUGCACUACAGGAUCCAAAGAAUAUAUCACUACUUCACGCUUAUGGUGGCUUAAAUGGUGUAUCUAAAGGAUUACAUGCUAAUACUCAAAGAGGUCUAUCUACUCAAUCUAAUAUUGACUCAAAUAUCACUCUGAAUGAAAUCAUUUCGGAUCAAUCACUUGUAAAACAACCCAACUUUAACAAUGAAACAAAUGAACCACUAAGAGACGAUGGAAAACCCUUUUAUCAACGAAGAGCCAUCUUUGGUGAAAAUGUAUUACCUGCUGUCAAAGGAAAAUCAUUACUUCAACUCAUGUGGAUGGCAUUUAAUGACAAAACACUUAUUCUAUUAGCUGUGGCUGCUAUUGUCUCUUUGGCUGUAGGGCUAUAUGAAGAUAUUGGUCAACCAGAGUAUGAUGCUCAAGGAAAUAAGAUACCAGGUGUUAAAUGGGUUGAAGGUGUGGCUAUCAUUGUAGCUAUUGUGAUUGUUGUCACGGUAGGAAGUGUCAAUGACUUUCAAAAAGAAAAACAAUUUCGAAAAUUGAAUGCUAAAAAGGAAGAUCGAACAGUCAAGGCAACACGUGAUGGUAAAACUGUCUUUAUUUCCAUUUAUGAUAUACAAGUCGGGGACGUCCUUCAUCUAGAACCAGGUGAUAUUGUUGCAGCUGACGGCAUAUUUAUUGAAGGACAUAACGUUCGAUGUGAUGAAUCGGCUGCAACCGGCGAAUCAGAUGCUGUUCGUAAACAAACUUUUGAAUCCUGCUAUCGUCUUUAUGCUGAAGAGAAUGUGCCCCCAUCCAAUCUGUUGACAGUACCACAGCAAAACACAAGAUCUUCUGUGAGCAGCUCAAGCUCUGUUGUCGAAAAGAUUCAGAUUGAUCACCACAAGAACUUACCAGAUCCUUUCAUCAUCUCAGGUUCAAAGGUAUUAGAAGGUGUCUGCACUUAUCUCGUCACUGGUGUUGGUGUUCAUUCUUACUUUGGUCGUACUAUGAUGGCCCUUCGUUCAGAUAAUGAAAGUACUCCUCUUCAAGAAAAGCUUAACGGACUAGCAGCCAUGAUUGCUAAACUUGGUUCAGCCGCAGGUAUUCUCAUGCUCAUCGUCUUGCUCAUUCGUUAUUUUGCUGGUUGGAGAUACGGUAUUCCUCACUCAGCUACUACCAUUGUCUCAAACAUUAUGGAUAUUUUUAUUGUCGUUGUCACUAUUGUUGUUGUCGCUGUUCCAGAAGGCCUGCCUCUCGCUGUUACUUUAGCUCUUGCUUAUGCUACACAACGUAUGCUCAAGGAUAACAACCUUGUUCGUGUCCUGGCUGCAUGUGAAACCAUGGGUAAUGCAACUACAGUAUGCUCUGAUAAGACAGGAACACUGACUCAAAACAAAAUGACCGUCGUCGCUGGUACUCUGGGAUCCUCAUUUAGAUUCUUGCAAAGCCCACCUGCUGACCGUGUUGACCUGUAUGAUAUCAACACGCUUGCACAAAAAUUGCCUACCCCUGUCAUCCAACUAGUGAAUGAAGCAAUCUCUAUCAACUCCACAGCAUUUGAAAGCACAGAUGAGCAAGGAAAUCCUUCCUUUGUCGGUAAUAAGACAGAAACUGCUCUGCUUCAAUUUGCCAAGAACCUUGGAUCGGACAACUUUCAAGACGUUCGUCAACGAUGGCCUGUCAUUCAACUGUUUCCUUUUAGCUCAGAACGUAAGUCCAUGGCUACUGUUGUUCGCAUGACACUUCCUUCAGGCAAGGCCAUCUAUCGUGCUUACGUUAAGGGUGCAUCCGAAAUCCUGGCUGAACAUUGCUCACAUAUCCUGACCUUGAACGCCGCCAAGUAUACUGAUGCUGAUGACAUCAAGACACGUGUCUUAUCAUCCGAAGAUAGAAAACGUAUAGACAGAAUCAUCCAAAGUUACGCCACACGUAGUCUUCGUACUAUUGGUAUUGCUUUCCGUGAUUUCGAGCACUGGCCUCCUUACAAGGGUCAUGAAAAGGUCGUAGGUGAAGAGACUGAAGUACCUUAUGAGGACUUGAUUGACAACAAGGGACUAACUCUGGUUGGUGUCGUUGGUAUUGAAGAUCCUCUUCGCCCCGGUGUCAAAGAAGCUGUCAAAGCUUGUCAAAAGGCUGGUGUCUUUAUUCGUAUGGUCACGGGUGAUAAUGUCGUAACGGCCAAGAGUAUUGCCAAGCAAUGUGGUAUCUAUACCCCAGGUGGUAUCGUAAUGGAAGGUCCUGUCUUCCGUAACCUGCCUACACAUCAAAUGGACGCUAUUCUUCCUCGUCUACAAGUUUUGGCUCGCUCCAGUCCUGAAGAUAAGCAAAUACUCGUGAGAAGACUUCGUGAGCUUGGUGACAUUGUUGCUGUCACAGGUGAUGGUACCAAUGAUGGUCCUGCCCUUAAACUUGCUGACGUUGGCUUUUCUAUGGGUAUCACUGGUACAGAAGUGGCCAAGGAAGCAUCCAGUAUCAUUCUGAUGGAUGAUAAUUUUGCCAGUAUUGUCAAAGCUAUCAUGUGGGGUCGCUGUGUUAAUGAUUCCGUCAAGAAAUUCUUGGAGUUCCAAAUCACUGUCAACAUUACUGCCGUCAUACUUACUUUUAUCUCUGCUGUUGCCAGUUCAAAGCAAAAGUCUGUAUUGACUGCUGUUCAACUGUUAUGGGUUAAUUUGAUUAUGGAUACCUUUGCUGCCCUUGCCUUGGCUACUGACCCACCUACCGAAGAGCUCUUAGACCGUCCUCCUGAAGCUCGUACAUCGCCUUUGAUCACAUUCAAGAUGUGGAAGAUGAUCAUCGGCCAAAGUAUAUUUCAGAUCAUUGUGACUGUCGUCUUAUUGUACAGUGACAUUCUACACUACGAGGCAGAUGACCCUAUUUUGCAGACAAUCGUCUUCAACACCUUUGUCUUUUGCCAAAUCUUUAACGAAAUCAACUGUCGUCGUAUUGACUCUCACCUCAAUAUUUUCCACAACAUUCUUUCUAACAAGUUUUUCCUCUUUAUCUUCUUCCUUUGUGUCGGCUUACAGAGUAUCAUUGUUAACUUUGGUGGAGCUGCCUUCCAAGUAGUUCGCAUCGAUGGUGUCUCUUGGGCAAUCUCUGUCUGCGUUGGGCUUAUUUCAAUUCCCAUUGGUGUUGUCAUUCGCCUGAUACCUGAUGAACUCUUUAGUUUUGUCUUCUUCUUUAACCCUAAAGCUCGUCAACGAUACCUUGGAAAGAACGAACAUUUGGCGUCACCCACAGUUUAUGUAGCUGGAAAUGAGCGCAUUACAUGGAGCAAUGCAUUCAGUAACGUCCAGUCAGGUUUAGAAAGCUUCAAGCAUGAUGCUGCGCCCAAAUACUCUGAAAAACGGGUUAGUGAAGGUAUUGCUGCUUCAAUCGUACUUCCUAGUAUGGUAGCUACUGCUCCCUCCACAGGCUGGGUACCUUCCAAUGAUCAAGCUAAUGUUGAAAGCUUUGAAGAAGAUAAUCAACAUACCGUUCUUUCCUCUAUCUCUAUUGAACAACGAUCUCAAUAA